AUUGAUUGCAAUGAACUAGUUAGGCUUAUUCGUAUGCAUAAGGCCUUCCCUAUCUAGUCUAUAUAGGCUCGUAUUGCUAUCAUAGCUAAUCUAAGCUCCCUUUGUUAUUGUUUUGACUGAUACAUUGAGACUAUUAAAUAAUCAUGAAUAAAACUAAAGAUAAGAAUAAACCUAAGGGUCCUAUGUCUGCUUAUGCCUGUUUUGUACAAGUUAUUCGAGAAGAGCACAAAAAGAAGCAUCCUGGUGAACAAAUUGUAUUCAGUGAUUUUUCAAAAAAGUGCGCAGAACGAUGGAAGUUAAUGACGCCAAAAGAGAAGAAACGAUUUGAAGAUCUAGCUGUCUUGGAUAGAGAACGAUUCAAUCGUGAAAUGUGUGAUUACGUGCCACCAGAUGGUAUGAAAAAAGGGAAGAAACGCAAGGGUCCUAAAGACCCCACAGUACCUGCACGAGCCUGGUCUGCUUUCUUUUUCUUUUGUGAUGAAUUCCGUUCAAAAGUCAGAGAAAGCAAUCCAGAUUGGAAAGUUGCAGAUAUUGCUAAAGAACUUGGACGUCAAUGGGAAACUUGUCAAGAUAAAGCAAAGUAUGAACUAUUAGCUCAAAAAGAUAAACAGCGUUAUGAAGAGGACAUGAUAAAAUAUCGGGCGGGGACUUAUGUUCCCAGAGAGAAGAAACUUGCAGGUGCUGUGUCAAACUCUGCAUCUAUCAGGACUUCUGAAGCUCAGAAUCCAGAUUGUGCUACAGUGACCAGUGCUGGAGGUGAUGAAAAUGGUGCGGAGUUAGAAGAUGAAGAUGACGGCGAACCCGAUGAGGGUGAGGAAGAGUGAAGAUCAGAACAUUAGGUUUUUAAUAACUCAGUUGUACAGGUUUAUUGCAUUUAUAAUGUUCUAAUCCCCUUCCAAUUCUUACCUAAACUUUGUAUACAUUGGUUUUAUUGUUAUUUUUGUAUCAUUCAUAAAUUGAAUGUACAUCAUUCAUACUUUGACUUUCGUUUAUUGUGUGAUGUAAGAUUCUGAUAAACAUAUAUAUAUUAUUGUUCAUUAUUGAGUGUUACUGUAUUGUAAUUUAUAAUAGUACAGUUAUAUUCACGA